AUGAAUCUGACCCCUCCAACGGUCACCGAACCACCGAGGAAUCAUUUUCUCUCGACUCCGCAAAUAGAUCGGAAUCUCUCUCCAUCACCGGGUUUUCACAAUGCUCCAACUCUUUUAUUACCGACAACCACAUCAAAUCCAUCAAAUAAUGUUGAGAUGUGUGAUGCGCAACCGAGAAAAGGACUCUUGGCGCAACCACCGCUCAUUUGUGAACAAGGUCCAUCAGCUCCUUCAUCCCCAACAUCCCCUGGUGGAUCGAGAUUGAGAAGACCGUGUCCGUUGACUGAAGACGCCAUGCAACGCAUAAAUCUUCUUGGUCUACCCGGAUAUUGUCCGGAUUUCGGGAAACUAGCCCCGCUGUCUCCCAAUUAUGCCACAUCUGAUCUUGGCUCAAGUCCGAGAAGUUCAAUCUCUGUCACAACAUCGCAGCUUGGCCCAUGGACUGCGUUUAGAGAAAAGGGUUCAUCAUUCGAUUUGGAUGACGGUGCUUCGGAUAUCGGUGUUGGGAAAGAUGGUACUAGAUCGCCUGGAGUGAUCUUCUCCCCUGCUCCUUAUUCCCCUUUUUCUGAUUGUCCUGGCGGCGAAUCUCCAUUCUCAAUCUAUGCCCGAUCUCCACUCCAUUCACCCACUCCACAUCAACAAUUACUUCAUUUCAGCUUUGAUCCAAUCCGCAGCGCGAGUUCGAUGUCCAAUCGAGCCGGCCACUUUUUGCAGCCACAAUCGUUCUCUUUGGACUUAACGGCUAGAGAACGCAGCCGAUCCGAUGGGGAAAUGGUGAAAGAUGAGUCAAUGGACACAAGCAUGCACUCGACCAUUUCGGUGCCAGCUACAACAUCUCGUCCAUUAUCGGAUGUCGGACAAUACAAAAAACGAUUGAUGCAUCGAUAUCAAGAAGAACAAAGACAGAGAAAGCUUGCGGAUCAACGAUCGAGCAGCAGUCCACCACCAAGUGCUGCUGAAUCCGAGUUUGAUGAGCUGGAUUUGAGAAGUGUGAGUCGGCAGACAAGCCGACAGCCGACCAUUGAAGAACCACCACCAAGUCCGCCACAUGAGAGAAGUAUUGAGGAUUUGGCGGCCGCUGUUCAGCAGGCUCUCGGCCAUCAAGCUCAAUUCGAUUUGUGGGUGAGAGGACAGAUUUUGGCGCUCAACAUGUACGCUCCAAUUGCUCCCAAUCCGAAUCUCCUCUCUGUUCCCCCGAAUCCGGCUCUUUUGGCUCCACCAACCGAACAACACGGUCUACCUCGACAAAAAAGUAUGGACUCCGGAGCGUCAAGUCCUGGGCCUAUCAAGUCCCCAACCCUAUGGCGUCGUUCUCGAUCCGAAUCGGACGUGUCCGGCAAUCGUGGAGCUCUUUCUGGAUCCAUAUCACCAAAUAUUCAACCACCAACUUUACCGAAUGGAGCCUCUGUCACUGCACCACAACUUGCCAAUGUGCUGCCACAGAAUCAAUUCGUUUGUCAACACUGUGGGCAAGCUUUCGCUUUACACGACCGACUUGCUAAACACAUUGCGAGCAGACAUCGCGAUCGAUCCGCUUCAGUGAAUGAUGAAGCGGGGAAAACCCACAAAUGUACGAUGUGCACAAAAAGUUUUGGACGAAGUGAUAUGCUGACGAGACACAUGCGUUUACACACUGGCCUCAAGCCGUACUCAUGCCAGGUUUGUGGCCAAGUCUUCUCCCGAUCCGAUCAUUUGUCGACUCAUCAAAGGACGCACACCGGAGAGAAGCCGUAUCAAUGUCCAUUGUGCAAUUAUGCUGCGAGUCGUCGUGACAUGAUCACUCGUCAUAUGAGAACACAUUUGAGACCCGAUGGAACUCCAUACGAUUUCUCGUCACAAAUCAGUGCACUCAACGCCUUGGGGAACAGCGCGGCUGCUGAUGCGGCUUUUCGGCAAAUGUUGAAUGCGUUAAGGGUUGGAUUAGAUGCCACUUCAAUCUCUGGAUCCGCCAACGCUCUUGGAAAUCUCACCUCCAGCAACAAAACUUCUGGAAUUUCCUCAACAAUUUCACCAGCCGAAUCUCUUGGAUCAUUAACUCCAUCUGGUUCCCUGUCAAGAACAUUGACACCAGGCAGCAGUUUGGCUGGAAGUCUUGCAAGUGGAUUGACGAUUGGAUCAGGGGAAUUGUCGGCUUUUCAACCUCCGAAACCAAAAUCUUACCUCGUCCCUCCACCACUCGUUCAUUCAUUUUCGACUCCCGCUUCUCCGCUUCUCUCAAGACAGACAAGUUUUGGCGGAUUCGAUAACACU